AUGGAACCUAUACGACACGAGCAAAACAAUACAAUCCACAAUUCAUGAGGGAGAGAGUAAGAUGGAAGCUAUUUGACACAAGCAAAACAAACUAUACGUCUAAAUGAGCAUAAUUAGCAACUACUCCCUCCGUCUCAUCAAAGAAGACUCACUUUCCUUUUUGGUUAGUCCCAACCAAGAAGACCCAUUACUAAAAUUUGACACACUUUUAUCUCUACUUUAUUCUCUCUUUCUUACUUUACUCUCUUCACUUAACACACAAAAUAAAGCUGCAUAAAAUCUCAUGCCGCCCAAGGAAGGGGUCAUCUUCCUUGGGAUGUGGCAGUAUGCCAAUAUAUAAAUUUAAUUGAUUUAGUAUUUAAAGGGAAAAUCAUAACCACAAUAAAUAAACUAUUAAGAGGAAAAGAGAUGAGUAUGAUAUGUUGUCUCAUUCUUUGUUUUAUGCGUUUUGGGAACAACAUAAUUUGCUGUGUGUUGUGGAACAACAGAGGAUCCACCCCUUUUAAGUGUGUGUUAAAGUAGAGUGGAACCCCUGUUAAGUGUGAUAAAGGACCCCUGUUAAGUGUGAUAAAGUAGAGUGGAAAUUGUGAUUGCGCAUUUUAAUGAGGAGAGAGAAGAUAGAUUUAUUUCCAUAUAUAAAAAAUGGAAAUCUUAAGUGGGACGUAAAGAAUAAUAGAUAUGCUGCUGAUUGGAGCUCAAUUGUAUGAGUUAGAUAAAUGAAUUUAGAAGUUAGAACUGACUAAUGACAGAUAAACAAAUGCAAAAGUCAUAUUAUUAAACUGGGUUGAUUGGCUCUGAGGUAUUGUAGUAUUGUUUACAAGUACAUACUUAUAUGUCAUGGGCCUCAUGGCAUAUGUCAUUCUACUAUUUUCUAUAUAAUUAUGGUGCAACCUUCAAAUCUGGUCUAUUAUCUAUUGAUGAUAUACUGAAUCUGACCUGCCAAAGUUGGAAGAUAUGUUAAGCAGACAAGUCUAACUUUUGGUUCCUUCACACAAUAACUACUACUUCAUUACUAACUGCCUCUGAUUCUUAAUUACUCAUCAUAUGAAAGAUAUAUCAUAAUCUUACAGUUUAGAUAUUGUCAAAGUAAAGAGAAGUGCAGAAAUGGGGGAAACUUUUCCAAUGAAAGGUGGUGAUUCUGAAUACAGCUACACCAAAAACUCCAAAUACCAGAGACAAGCGUCGGAUGCAGUGAAGGAAAUGAUAGAAGAAGCAGUGGCCGAGAGCCUAGAUGCUGAGUCAAUCCCAACCAAAGUGGCAAUAGCAGAUUUAGGGUGUUCCGUCGGGCCAAACACAUUCUUCACAGUUCAAAAUCUAAUAGAGGCAGUGCAGAAGAAAUGGCCUUCCAAAACCCUAGAAUUCCAAGUAUUCUUCAACGACCACCACGGCAAUGAUUUCAACACCCUCUUUGCCUCCCUCCCACUGGAGAGGCAGUACUACGCCGCCGCAGUUACGGGGUCGUUCCACGGCCGCCUCUUCCCCCGCAGAUCCAUCACCGUGGCACACUCCUCCUACGCUCUCCAGUGGCUCUCCAAGCAGCCACAAGGGGUGCCUAACGAGGGCAGAAUCCACUACCCCGGCGCACCCGAAGAGGUCGUCAAGGCCUACUCUGAUCAGUACGAAAAGGAUUUAUCAUGUUUUAUGAGUGCGAGAGCUGAGGAGAUUGUAAAAGGAGGAUUUUUGGUUCUGGUCGUGCCGGGAACUCCUGACGGAGUCUCCCAUUCCAACCACCCUACUGGUUUCCUGUUCAGUUACUUUGGAUACAGCCUAAUGGAGUUAGCUAAUGAGGGAGUUGUUGAUAAAGAUAAAAUAGACAAGUUCAACUUGCUUGUCUAUGCUCCAGAAAUGGGAGAGAUGAAGAGGGUGAUCGAAAGUAAUGGGUGUUUUAGCAUCGAGAAAAUGGAGCUGACAGAUCCAAGGUCCAAGGUUGAUGGACCCAUUGAUGUAGCUAGUUCCAUAAUGCACAUGAGAGCUGCACUGGAAGGGGUCUUCUCAGCUCACUUUGGAGAUUCUGUUGUUGAGAAAAUGUUCGCUAAGGUUUCAGACAAAGCUCAAGAAAUGUCGCACUUUUUUGAAUCUGGGUAUAAUAAGUCUACUCAACUGCUUGUUGUGCUCAAGCGCAAAUGAGGUAUUCUCGGUUCAUGUUGAAUCAGCUUUUGGUUCAUCUUCUGCACUACUUACUAGUUUUGAUCUGAGCUGCUGUUAUUUUGUGGCUUUGAUUUUCUGAUUAGGUGAAGCUAAGUCAUUUACCUAAUGUGUAUUCAAUUCAUUUUCAAAUCGGGGGAAUAAGAAACUCACAAUCCUAUUUGGUGCAGUUUUUUUACUGCAAAAAGUGUUGCAGUGUCUGCUGUCUAUUCUAUAGUUUCCUAAAUCCAUACCGGAGUAAGAUGGAAGUUGGAACCUAUCCGACACGAGCAAAACAAACUGUACACCUAAUGUGUAUUCAAUUCAUUUUCAAAUCAGGGGAAUAAGAAACUCAUAAUCCUAUUUGAGCUGCUGUUAUUUUGUGGCUUUGAUUUUCUGAUUAGGUGAAGCUAAGUCAUUUACCUAAUGUGUAUUCAAUUCAUUUUCAAAUCGAGGGAAUAAGAAACUCAUAAUCCUAUUUGGUGCAGUUUCUUUACUGCAAAAAGUGUUGCACUGUCUGAUGUCUAUUCUAUAGU